AUGCCAAUCCGAUUGCAAGAUGAUGGCGUAGAUGACGUAUCCAUCCCAGAUCUCGAGUCUUCUAUAGGGUAUGAUAGACUCCAGGAGACCAAUGCCUUCACCAGGGCAAUCAAUGCAAUUCGAAUACAUAACAUCCCAUUCAUAAACUUCUGCAUUAUUGGUGUGCUAGGCACCUUCUUAGUCAGGUUGACCACGAAGUACACCUCUCUUUAUAUGAAAUCGUCACUUAUCACCAUCAUGGUGACCAACCUUGUGCUCUACGGGAUCUCAGAGACUUUGGCCCAGACUAUCUUAAGUUAUCAUAGCGCAAGGCCGUUGUUGAGCUUCGAUCUUCACGAAACGGAUCAUGCAGGCAUUGGCUUCAAUACAAACGAACUCCAGCGUCGUCCUAGCAAUGUUUCCGAGUACGACAGUGACGAGGAAGGUGUAGAGAGGUUUGUGGACUACAUCCAGGAAGAUAUGGACUCUCUUAGUGACACCAACAGCUGGAUGAGAGGUGGACCAGGACCAGGAUCCUUUGGUGGCUUUAACACCACUCCUAUUCCAUUUGUGCCGCUCUCUUAUUAUCAAUUCAAUAGGCUUGCAGGAUUCAUGUGCUGGGGGUUUAUCAUGUCUUUUGCCCAGUGCUGGUGGUACAAGUUCCUCUCCAUAUACUCCAAGGAUCCCAAGUUCAUAGAGGUGUUGCGGAAAGUCUUGACUGAUCAGUUGUGCUUCUCACCAAUUUCGUUAUUCUGCUUCUUCACAUACGGUACGAUGAUAUUGGAGAAUGGCACCUGGAAGGAUACAAAGAAGAAAUUGUCCAAGAUAUAUAUCAAAACGAUGUUGAUUAACUACUCUGUGUGGUUCCCAGUACAGUUUUUCAAUUUCUUGCUCGUCCCACGGGACUUCCAGGUACCAUUCAGUUCUUCAGUGAGUGUUUUAUGGAACUGUUUCUUGAGCAUGAGAAAUUCGAAUGCAUAA